GGCUGGGCGAGGGGCUCGCGGGGAUCCCGCCCGCCCUCUCGGCACCACCCCAGGCCCCUCCUCCUCGCCCAGGAUGCACCUGGUUGAAAACAAAAUCCCACGUGACUGGCUCUGCUCUCAGGCCAUCAUGGCGUCUCCCAGUGGGAAGGGAGCCCGGUCGCUGGAGGCUCCUGGCUGCGGGCCCCGGCCGCUCGCCCGGGACCUGGUGGACUCCGUGGACGACGCGGAGGGGCUGUACGUGGCGGUCGAGCGUUGUCCGCUGUGCAACACCACCCGCCGGCGGCUGACCUGCGCCAAGUGCGUCCAGAACGGCGAUUUCGUCUACUUCGACGGCCGCGACCGGGAGAGGUUUAUAGACAAGAAAGAAAGGUUAAACCAACUUAAGAGCAAGCAAGAAGAAUUUCAAAAAGAGGUGUUAAAAGCUAUGGAAGGAAAAUGGAUAACAGAUCAGUUGAGAUGGAAAAUAAUGUCCUGCAAGAUGAGGAUUGAACAGCUAAAACAAACAAUAUGUAAAGGAAAUGAAGAAAUGAAGAUAAAUUCCGAAGGCCUUCUUAAAACCAAGGAAAAGAAUCAGAAGCUUUAUACUCGAGCACAGCGGCAUCAAGAGAAAAAGGAGAAGAUUCAGAGGCACAACCGCAAACUGGGUGACCUGGUAGAAAAAAAAACCAUCGACUUAAGAAGUCAUUAUGAGCGUCUGGCAAAUCUUCGGCGAUCUCAUAUAUUAGAGCUCACCUCUGUCAUUUUUCCAAUCGAGGAAGUAAAGACUAGUGUGAGAGAUCCUGCAGAUGUGUCCUCAGAGAGUGACAGUGCCAUGACCUCCAGCACUGUGAGCAAGCUUGCCGAAGCCCGGAGGACGACUUACCUCUCCGGGAGAUGGGUCUGUGAUGAUCACAACGGGGACACCAGCAUUAGCAUUACAGGGCCUUGGAUUAGCCUUCCCAACAACGGGGACUACUCUGCCUACUACAAUUGGGUAGAAGAGAAGAAAACCACACAGGGGCCUGACAUGGAGCACAGUAACCCCGCUUACACGAUCAGCGCUGCGUUGUGCUAUGCGACUCAGCUGGUCAACAUUUUGUCUCAUAUACUUGACAUAAAUCUUCCCAAAAAGCUGUGCAACAGUGAAUUUUGUGGGGAAAAUCUCAGCAGACAGAAAUUUACUCGAGCAGUGAAGAAACUGAAUGCAAAUAUUCUUUAUCUCUGCUUUUCUCAGCAUGUAAAUUUAGAUCAGUUACAACCACUGCAUACUCUCAGGAAUCUCAUGUACCUGGUUAGUCCGAACUCUGAACACCUGGGCAGGUCGGGACCCUUUGAAGUGCGAGCAGACCUCGAGGAGUCCAUGGAGUUUGUGGACCCCGGCGUUGCCGGGGAGUCAGAUGAGAGUGGCGACGAGCGCGUCAGUGACGAGGAAACCGACCUGGGCACAGACUGGGAGAACUUGCCGAGUCCCCGGUUUUGCGAUAUCCCUUCCCAGCCUGUGGAAGGCUCCCAGAGCCAGAGCAGCCAGGUGUCCCCGCCCAUCGCGAGCAGCAGUGCCGGUGGAAUGAUCUCCUCCGCCGCAGCCUCGGUGACCUCCUGGUUUAAGGCUUACACUGGACACCGCUAAUGCACCCGGACCAAAACAUGCCAGGUUUGCAUCAAGAUAGUUGUUCUUCCACUAUGUUCUAGUAAACUUUAUGUAUUCAGUUAAAAUAGUGCCUGGAACAGAAAGAGAUUAAACCAUUGUGUUUUUGGUAAAGCAGGGAGACAAGCAUUUCUGUUUAUCAGAUGGCCGAUGGGAGUGACCCACAUGCUUAUAGUAGAACAGCAGGGUCAGAGGUCCUUCUGCCCAGACCAGUGUUGGUGGAAGAAAGACCAGUGUGUGUGUUCUGUUGAAGCAGAAAAUUCACUUGGGCUCCCUUCAGUCACAGGCCACAGGACCCACGGAUGCAGGUUGACACAUUGGUCCUUGUGAUGCAGAGACUGUUCCUGAACACUUCACAUUUUAGAGGCAGAAUCACAAGGAAGUGAUUCUUGAUGAUCAGGACUUGCAAGAUACAAACUGUUUCAUAUGCGUUUGUUCUUAUGCCAUCAUUUUUUUGUACAGAGAACCAGCAGGCAAUUUGAAAUACUUGAUUUCUUUAGGAUUUGGUCAUGUUUGGUUUUUAGGUCAAGGAUUUUGGUUUGUUUGGAAGCGGGGGGUGGUGUUUUGGGGGAGGGGAGGGGUAGUUUGAAAAUUAUCUCAUUCAUGCUGCUGCUGUCGUAGCUUGUCAGACAUUCCUGUUUUUGUUUAUCCCCACACACCAAAGAAAUGAAGGUCUUUUUUAUUUUUGGACCUAUAUCCACGAACAGAAGAAUUCCCAGCUGCAGUGAUGGCCUGGAGAUUUAAAAACUAUUUUCUUACAUUCUGAAGGGAAUUAAGUUCAUUCUCAGAUUAUUGAAUUCCUACCAUCUACACUAUGUGCAUUUUGAAACUGAACUUUUCUUCUGAGUGAAAAAUAAGUUAUUAAGGUUGUUCCCUUAUGUAAGUGAAAUGCCUGCCUGGGCACAGGUUAAAAGCCACUUAAUUAAAUGGCCUCUGGUCAUUCUUCUGGUGUCCCAAUUUCUUUCUAAGGGAUUCAGUAGGUGGCAGGUUUUCCAAGAGAAAACCAUCCUGCUUGUUUUCUUAGAGGUCUUUGUUGCUCUAGGGACACUGUCUUCACUCAGAAAUGCAGAGCAAAUCGUUAUAGCUGAUACUAUCCUCUAUCGUGGGGAAGGCUCUGACAGAAUUUUUCCUCACCAGGAGAUCAUUUUCAGCUAAUGUGUCUGUCUUGUCAUUCUCUUAGUGACAAUCUUAUAAGAAAACUGUAGAGGCAUUAUGUACAAAUAUGUAAGUAGUUUUUUAUUUUUAAUAAUUGCAAAAAAAAAUCCUAUGUAACAACUACAAAAAGAAAUCCUAUGAAAAAUUCCUAACAGGCAUUAUUACCAUAUCUUGUUAGUGUGAUUAGCAUGACAGUACCUCAGAUAAAUCAUUCAGAGAUUUGCCCUAGCUUCUUUUCUUGUAAUUAUCAUAGUUGAUACUUUGCCUCCAAAUCCGAGGUGCUAUAUAGCUUUUGCUGUUGGUAUAUUUAGUGUUUGGUAGAGUUGCAGAAGAAGGAUGUUUAUUUCUAUCCAGGAGUCACAGGUUCCCAGACUCUCUGGAUUUUCCACUUAGGAAACGUGUGGGUUCUCAAUAGCAGGUGUCUGUUUUAAGUGCUCAGCUUCAUGAUUGCUGAGCUGGCAUUGUACCACGCAGGUCUGAAAUUCACAGAGAACGGGUACGGCAGACUUGAACAAAUACCAAAUGAACUUAAAAUCCCAUGAAAUGAGGGUUGUCUAGGCAUUUCAGACCCUCAAAAAGAAGAGCUUAGUCUCCAGUUUUGGAAAACACAUUUGGGGCUUGGGGAUAGAGACAGGACUGCAGCUAAAAGAUGCACAGUCAUGGUUUUGCUCAAGCCUCUUAAGAAAAACUAUGAAUGGGAGAUUGAGCUAAAGAAUAGAAUCCAGAGGUCAGAACUCAUAUCUAGAGUAAUUCAACAGAACUUACAAGAAUAUGGGAAAUUAGGGAUUGGUAGGGUAUAUUUUGUUGUUUAUAUCAACUAGAGGCACUUUAUUUAGGGUUAAAUGAUCAAACCCUUUAGUGGUUUCGAACACCAACAUACUGGCUUACACUGCUGAGAUAUUUUGGUUUUCAUUAUUUUGCACUGGAUCCACCCUGUAAAUAUUCUUAAAUAUACAUUUCAACCACUGUUUUUUCCUACUCUCUUUGCUGCUCAUUAAAAUCUUUCAUGUAGGUGCCAGAACCAUAUGUAAACAGCUUUUUAAAAAUUGAAGCUGGUAUUUUUUUUUUUUUAAACAAAAGCCAUAGAACUUGGUCAUGUUUUCCAUAUAAAAUGAUUUGUCAAAACAAGGUAAUACUAAUAAAAACCUACAGGCACCAAAUAGGCUGCUUAAAACGGUCUGUUACUUUUUUUUUUUUUUGUAAUGGAAUAUAACUAAGAGAAGUUUUGCACAUCUUUAAGUUAAGGGGAAAAACAGUAUGUCAACAUUGGGUGUUGUUGGACAGGAUUCAUUUAAGGAUUCGUGUUUCGAUAAUUUGGUAAAGAGCAUUCAGGAGCAUGCUGUUUUUAAAAGAACUACAGUGUCUGAGAAUCUCCUUGUGGUGUCAUGUUGCAGGAAUUUCCCAUUACUCUGUGACUUCCAAACCAGUUUGAGUCAUAACAAAUGUUUUCUAAACUUUUAUUGUAUUAUUGCAAUAAAUCUUUUAACAGUACUUUGCUAAUAUGUAUGUCUUUUUCAAGCUCUGAUUGCUCGUUUCUAUUGAUACAUCAAGGGUAGCAAGAAUGAAAUUUAACUGAAAUACUUCAUACAAAUUAUAGGGUAAUCUUUUUAGAAUUUUUUGCUAGGUAAUGAAAAAGGCCUGGUAAUCUUAAAAAUUAGAGCUUAUGGUGGUAUUAACAGUAACCGUCUAUCUUUAAUAAGCUGGGAAAAACUAGUUGCUUACAUACUUUCUGGAAAGAUGCAUCUAUGAUGCACAUGCCCUGCGGUGACUUGGUGUAUGUAGCACAGCAGCAGCUCCGUGGGAAGGAAUGCACAGGGGCCUACAGGGUGCCCAUAUGGAACCUGCCCAGACUUUCUUCAGGACAGGAGAGAAAGAGAAAUGUCAGAGGUUAGAGGCGAUCUGUUGAGAGAAAAUGCAGAUAGUUUUGAAGAAUCACUCUUCCCCUUUUCCCCCACCCCCUUUCAGGUUAGAUCCUGGACAAGAGUGAUUACUGGGGAACUGCUGCGUGGUUCGUCCUAUUGUUUCACCUGCAGAAAGCUACCAGGUAGCAGGAGGAAAAUGGGCAAGGAGACAGAAGGGUCCCAAACAGGGCACGCGCUUCAGUGCCAGUGCCCUUCCUCCUCCUAGUAACACUUCCAAACACGCGUCUCCUAUCUAGUGUAUACUGCUCGGAGGUGCCCAGCCCCAGAGCUCCAUCAUGACUGAUGUGGGAAUCAGGGCAAAGCAGAUAGGAAGCACUAAGGAUAACUUUAUCCUUAGUAGUUGGGUGGUCAUUAGAAGUUACAUCAACAAGAUGUACCAGGAAUUUGAAACUGGGCUUUGGGCAGGUCACCUGAACUUCAGCUAUGAGAUGCUCAAUGAGAGAAAGCCACCACCGGCAUCCCAUUCCAAGGAUCUGGUGAGAAAAUGCCCUGAAAAAGAAAUACAACAAAUAAUCCUAAAAUUUAUAUGGAACCACAAAAGACCUUGAAUAGCGAAAGCAGUCUUGAGAAAGAACAAAGCUGGAGGUGUCACAAACCCAGGUUUCAAGAUAUACUACGAUGCUGUAGUAGUCACAUAUGGAACUGGCACAAAAACAGACACAUAGAUCCAUGAAACCAGAGUAGAGAGCCCAGAAAUAGACCCAUAUUUAUAUGGUCAGUUAAGCUACAUACUAUAACGGAGGCAAAAAUACACGAUGGAGAAAAGACAGUCUCUUAAAUGGUGGUGGGAAAACUGGAACACUUUCUUAUACCAUAUACCAAAAAAACUAAGAAUGGAUUAAAGACCUACAUGUAAGACUUGAAAGCAUAAAACUCCUAAAAGAAAACAUGCUGUAAUCUCUUGGACUUCAGCUUUAGCAACAUAUUUAUGGAUAUGUGUCCUCAGCCAAAUAUGAACUCUUGGGACUACCCCAAAAUAAAGCUUUUGCACAGCAAAGGAAACCAUUAACAAACAUACAGGCAAGCUACUGAAUUCAAGAGGAUAUUUGCAAAUGAAGUAUCCAGUAAGGGUUACUAUCCAAAAUAUAUAAACUUUAUGCAUUUCACACCAAAAAACCCCCAAUCCACAUCCUGACCUGAAUAGACAUUUUU